AUGUCGUCGUCGCGCUCCCAGUCGCCCGCCCCGUCCCGCCAACCCCCGUCGACCCCGCGCCAGUCCUCGCGCCGGCCGUCCACCCAGCCCACCAGGUCCAAGCAGCAGCACCACCACCCUGCUCAGCAGCAGCAGCAGCAGAUCCGCACCCUCCUGUCGCCCCAUCGCUCCCCCAAGGUCGACUCGCCACCUCCCGCCUCUGCCUCGCCGCGCCACUCGCUCGUCCCGACCACCCAGGUCGACCACGCCAAGCUCGACGACAACAAGGGUCGCAGGCGCCACAAGCAGAACCGCGCAGAGACGCCCCUCAAGCACGAGGCGUCCCUCUCGUCGUCCGACGACUCGGCCCCGGUCCAGGCGCCGGCCACCACCACCGUCGACUCGUCCGCCGCGACCCCGUCCAAGUCGGCUCGCCGCCGUCGAGGCAAGUCGACCCGCCAGCCGAGCCCGCCCCCGCACGACGGCACCGAGCUCGAGCACCCGGCGCCCGUCUUCCCCUCGACCACCCCGCCCCAGACCGACCUCGGCGCCCUCGCGCACCACUCGCGCUCGGUCCCGCCCGACCCGUUCCUCCAGGCGCCCCGUCUCGACGCCGCGUGGGACAUGCCCGCCGUCGCCGCCUCGGGCACCGACUCGCCCAAGCAGAACCUGUCGUGGCAGCAGGAGCUCCUCCGCAGCGGCUCGACCCGCAGCGCCACCCGCGGUGACUCGCCCGUCGCCCGUCCCCGCUCGCGCGGCGUCUCGUCCAACGCCAAGGACUCGCGCUCGAACGCGCAGGCGGCGUCGGCGGCCAAGAGCCGCCCGGCCCUCCACACGUCGCACUCCGAGUCGGGCACGACCGGCGCCGGCCCUUCGCUCAACUGGCAGCAGGAGCUCCUCCUGUCGAUGGACCCGGCCGCCACGGUGCAGCAGCAGCCGUCGCAGGCGCAGCAGCAGCAGCAGCUCGGUGCGCCCGCCGGCAUCACGCCCGCUCGCCAGCGGCGCAACCAGAUCAAGGACAGCAUCACGUUCGGCCUGUCCUCCGUCGAUCUGAGCGAGGAUGACACGGACGUCUUUGCCUCGCCGGGCUCGCGUCGCGGCGGGCACGCCGGCGCCUCUCGCGGCGGCCGUUCGGCCCAGCCAGCCUCGGCCCCGACGAGCUUCUCGACGCCGUCCAGGGCGCAGCAGCAGCAGGCCGCCCCGGCGAGUCUCGUCGAGCCUCGCUACGCCGGGCCGACGUUCCACAACUCGCCGGCGCCGAGCUCGCUCCCGAUGCCGUCGUUCAUGCUCCGCCGCAAGGUCGACGUCGCCGUCUAGGUCGCUCGGGCCUCGUCGUCGCCAGCUCUGCCUCCCUUCCUUGUUGUUCUCGCCUGUCGCCUCCACCUUCUUCCCUCCCUCGCCCUCGCUUCAUCUCGCCGCCAGGCGCUCAAACCCGCCAUACCUCCCGACGUCCAUACCCUCCUCCUUCGCGCGAGCGCGCAAGUGUAACCCUGUCGGCACCGCCUGCCUCUCUACCUGUCGUCACCACCGCCGACCCUCGACUUCUGCGACCUUAGGCCCACUCGUCACACGCGCACCUCUCUCGCCGCGCGACGCCUGCGCCACCACCACCAUCGGCUCGCCUACUCUCGCUCCACGACCUCGACCCACCGUCGCCCGCAUUGUCUCGCCACGCCCUCGUCGUCGUCGUCGUCGCCGCCGUCACUCAGCCCGUGUUGUCGCCGUCUCUCUCUGUGUCGGAUCUCGUGUCUCAGGUCGCCAGGCAGGCCCUGCUCUCGUCGUUCUACUUGUCGUACACCCUUUCUGUCCUACCCCCUUCCUCGUCCAUGUUGUCCUCCUCCCCCCUCCCCCUCCCCCUCGCUCGCGCCAGGUCGCUCUCCCAUGCGGCGUCGGAAGCCAGGCGGGUCCGCCUUUUCUGUCGAGCUAUAGUUCGUCUCGCAGGGAUCCCCUCUUCCUCCUCCUCCCCUUCCUCCCUCCCCUCUCAUCGUCGUGCUCUUCCUCCCCCCCUGCCUGCUCGUACUUCUCCCUUUCCCAGCCCUCGCGCGUGCUCAACCACGCGCAACCUCUUGCACACACUCCUUUACUCUUCUC